GCUUGCCACACACAAUUACAAAUACAUUGACAAACAAAGACAGAGCGAAUUGGCCAAGAAGUGCUGUUGGUUAACAGGCGGCUAACAGCAGGCAGCCAAACGAUGCCACGAUUGCCGCAAGGCAACUCAGUCUGUCAACGACUUCGCUCAAAUCCGGACGUGCGCGAUCCGAAAUCCUUGGUCAAAACCUGGGUUUUCAAAAAUCCGUCAAAGUGCUAAAAUGUUAAAAAAAAUUCUUAGGCUUAAAAAGAAAAUGUAAUUUAAUGAAAAUGCAAAAUGAGGGUGCACAAAAUGUACAUAAAUGCCAUUAAAAAUGUUCUUCCAAAACCCAAUUGAUUGACAUCCGAAAAAAAAUCUAAACUAAUUUUCCGUUGAGUGAUUCCGUUUUAACGAUAACAAAAGGGUUCCAGGACCCCAAGCUUAACUCCUCCCUGGGCUUCGUAUAAAAGGUGACACACACACCUUUCCGAAACGGAUACGGACACGGAUACGAGUACAACAAAGGCACAAUAGCUGACAAAAAAGAAACAAAACAGCUACGCUGCUAUUGUUAUUUAAUCUAACCUUGGCGAGUGCGCAAUUUUUGGGCCUGUCGUCGAAGGCUGCUUAUCGGCCAUGUGCCACCAUCGCAGCCGCAAAGGAUACGCCAGACAGUAUUAAUAACGCAUUGAUAGGAGUAGGCGUCUGAUUUGGUUUUUUUCUCUUGCUUUUGUUUUGGUUAGAGGUUUGGCGAGGGUCUCGAGUUUCGGAUCGAGUCCGCAAUUAAUCGACAACAGCAGCCGACAGCUAGCAUGUUGCAGGGCGUCGCCAUCACCAUCGCCAACGACAGCAACGAUGAUGGCCUCAAUCAAUCAUUCAUGGCUCAUGUGUCGCCCAGUCCCAAUCAGAGUACCAAUCCCAUUGCCAACAUACCGCUACCGGCGAAUCCUAGCGAGAGCCCCGAGCUGUUGCUCCUGAAGAAUGACAAAUUCCUAACACAUGUCGCCCAUCUGCUAAACAUAACGACCGAGAAUCUUUCAAAUCUUCUGGGCUCCGGCAACGGGACAAAUGCGAGCACAAUGGCAUCGGAUUCUCCAGGCGAUGAGUCCCUGACCCUGCGCACCGCCUUCACCAUUUGCUACGCCCUUAUUUUCGUGGCUGGCGUUCUGGGGAACCUGAUCACCUGCAUUGUUAUCUCGCGAAACAACUUUAUGCACACGGCCACCAACUUCUAUCUAUUCAACCUGGCGGUUUCCGAUCUGAUACUGUUACUUUCCGGCAUUCCACAGGAGCUGUACAACCUUUGGUUUCCCGACAUGUAUCCCUUUACCGAUGCCAUGUGCAUUAUGGGCAGUGUGCUCUCGGAAAUGGCUGCCAAUGCCACGGUUCUCACAAUCACAGCCUUCACUGUGGAGAGAUACAUCGCCAUAUGCCAUCCUUUCAGGCAGCACACCAUGUCAAAAUUGUCGCGCGCCAUUAAAUUUAUAUUUGCCAUUUGGCUGGCAGCUUUCCUUCUGGCCUUGCCGCAGGCUAUGCAAUUUUCGGUGGUCUUUCAGAAUGGCGGAUACUCAUGCACGAUGGAAAACGACUUUUAUGCCCAUGUGUUUGCCGUCUCCGGAUUUAUAUUCUUCGGCGGACCCAUGACGGCAAUUUGCGUACUCUAUGUCCUGAUAGGUGUGAAGCUAAAAAGAAGCCGUCUGCUGCAGUCGUUACCGAGGAGAGCCUUCGACGCCAACCGGGGACUGAAUGCCCAGGGCCGAGUCAUCAGAAUGUUGGUAGCUGUAGCCGUCGCCUUUUUCCUGUGUUGGGCUCCUUUCCAUGCUCAGCGCCUGAUGGCCGUGUACGGACUUUCUCUGAUUAAUAUAGGCAUCAGCCGGGACGCCUUCAACGAUUACUUCCGGAUACUUGAUUACACAUCCGGCGUGCUCUACUUCCUCUCCACCUGCAUCAAUCCGCUGCUCUACAACAUCAUGAGCCACAAGUUUCGCGAGGCUUUUAAGAUCACUUUGACCCGUCAAUUUGGCUUGGCCAGAAACCACCACCACCAGCAGAGUCAGCACCACCAGCACAACUACAGUGCUCUGCUCCGCCAAAAUGGGUCGAUGCGUCUACAACCGGCCAAUUGCAGUGUUAACAACAAUGCCCUCGAGCCCUAUGGCUCCUAUCGAGUGGUGCAAUUCCGCUGCCGGGACACCAGCCACCAGCUGUCGAUGCAGGACAGCAUUCGCACCACCACCACCACCACCACGAUUAACAGCAGCAGCUUGGGGCAGCCGGGCAACGGAGUGGGUGUUGUUGGAGGCGUGGGCGGCGGUAGGCGGAACCGGAAACAGGAUUUCUAUGGCCCAGUUCCGGGAAGUGCAGUGCCCCACCGGAUGCUCCAAGCCCAGGUAUCGCAGCUGUCAUCUCUGGGGGACGCCAACACACUAUUAGAAUCCGAGGCUGUGGACAGACACUACUCCGCUGGACGGGCCAAGAGAGCUCUGUUGGCCACCAAGAGUGGGGCUCUAUUGGUCACUCCCCCUCCAAACGUGGAAUCGCCGGAACUCAGUCAACCGGCAACCCGCCUCAAAUUGUCCCGAGUGAUAAGUCGCAGGGACGAGGCCAGCAGUCAUAGUCUGCCGGACCCGGAGACCUUGUCCGGAUCCGGAGGAGCGGGUGUGAGUCGCAGCUGCCGCAAGUUUCCAUGGCGAAAGCGAAGGCAGAAGACGGAGGAUCCAGCCAGUGAUGGACUGGGCUUCGGGUCACCCAAAUCCCAGUGAUGGCCACUGGCCAAUAUCUAGAGUUAUGCAUAGUUAGGUCCCGUUUAGUUAGCGCAAUAAACUUUCUGAUCUGUAAAUAAUCCGGAGAAACUUUGAAACUUUUGCUGAGGCGAUUUGCAUGCAAAUUUCGACUGGACAAUAGGCCAUAAAAAAAUGGAACGAAUGUCCAGCCCAGACGAUUUAUGCGAGGCAUAAAGCCAGGCUAAUGAGGCAACAAAGUGUCGUGUCGGAAACCACGCCCCGAUUGCCUCCUUUUUUUGCUUCGCACUCAUAAAUUAAGUGUUAAGUGUUGAUCUACCAGUAAAUAAUGUGAAUAAAUAAAAAGUGUUGCCAACUUUACAGCAAAAACCUCUUAGUAUUCUGUUAUUUCUGAAGUACACAAUGCAUGCCAGCAGCAUAUUCGCAUCUGCAUUCCAAGAAGUGUAUGGUAGAUGGAAAAAAAGGAACGGAUAUGGAGAAAAACGGGGGUCAAGGGAAGAAAAGCAUCUCGGUUUUUUCAGACAAAGAAUUUCAUGCGACAUUGUAGUUUCCGAUUGGCAAGCUCUACUGCUACACUACAAAAACGAACAAUAGAAUCGACUAUUGAGUUUAAUUUCAGUCUUUGUUUUCUUCUUUUUAAAAACCCACAGCUGCAUCUUUAAUUUCCUUUUUCAACUUUUAGACUUUUCUAAGCCAAUCGAAAGUCUCUUAAAACAACAUUUCCAUGAUUUUUUAAGUGCAAGUCUAUUCUUAGCAUUUGCACUACAUUUGCACCUGCCGACUGAAAGUCAUUUCAGCUUACCUGGCCGGACGUCCAUUAGUCAAGGAGGCUUUCCGAGAUGGAAAGUCCGGAUUGAAACGAAUGGCCAAAGAGUUGCUAGAUGGGGCUUAUCCUGCGGCGAAUUGGCACAUGGAGUGAACUCAGGUCCGGAUUGGUAGCACAAAAUAAAUCAACUCAAAACUGGCAAAAAGUUGAGGAAUUAUAGCUGCCUGGCCUGUCUCACUUUGUGGUCUAGCAGAAUUAUUAAUGGCUAUUUGAAAGCCAGCAAAACAAAUUCAUGUGAAACUCUAAAGUGGAGCGUUGAAAAAUUUACCAAAAACGGCAGCUUCUUCACCUGACUAAUGAGGCUAAAAUUGCCAUAUGGAAGUUUGGCAGUGAGCCUUUCCCCAGCUCAUAUAUCAAAUGCAUACCCAUUGAAU